GAACCACGGUUACAUAACACCAACACCAAAUUUAAUGAGCGCUGGUUAAACAGCUCUGACCUCUGGCUUUUUGCUGUAAUGGGGAAUGUGUUUGUACUUACUGCUUGAUUUUGUCACUUUGAGGUCCAAACCUGGGUCCUGUGGGGCCUCUCCUGGAAAACACACAUCAACGAAGCCAAGGUUACCAACUGAAUAAAUCACCCCUGUGUCCUGAUGAUGGUGUUGAACUAAGUCUUGGCUGUGUUCAGAAAGACAGGCCGCCUGGUUCACUGUCAAGCCUAGCUACCCGGCCAAGCUACCCGGCCAAGCUAAGCUAAGGAUGCUAACGUGGCUAAUUACCUGCUGCUUUCCUACAAGAUCCGAAGCUCGGUGUUUAGCACAGAGACUCUGGUGCUGGUCCGGUGAGGCUCCGCGGCGUCAAAGCGUCUUUUACAGGUUGAUCUCAUUCAUUUCACGCGCUGCCCGGACGACGAGGCUGGAUUAUCACCAUGGAUGCUAGCGCUUGGCUUAUCCCUCUCUCUGGCUCAGCCUGGAUCAGCUGACCGGGAACCACACACAGCUGGAGGAGGAGAGGGAUCCAGAUGUUUGACAGCGUGGGGAAUUAUUAGGAUUAUUAUGAUGAAGGUGAUUAUUAUUUGCCAAAAGAAUGUUCAUCAAACCAUUUUUAAGCUUCACCGCAACCAAUUACAAGAUCAACUCAAGUAGUCUAAUAUGAAAUUAUGUUAGUACAUCACUCUCAGGGAAACCUCUAUUUCUGUAUAAAUACUUUUACUUGUGUCAAAAUUGGACAAUUGAUUUGAUUUAAUGUAUCUUCACCCAUACAAUAAAAUGUGGAAACAACUGAAGAGGUAGUUUAUGAUUAUAAAACCAUACAAAUCUUACGGAGAGCAAUGCAUGAUUACCUCAGAUCCAAAUCCAUAUGCAUAUAUUUUUGUUUUUCUUUCUAAAUAUACAGAUAGGCGUCAUUUGGGACUACAAAACAAUCUAGUCAAUAGCAUUGAAACUUUGAGUGCAUUAUUUGCUCCCAACCCUUUUUUACUUAUUUCUUAUAUAUUUAUAUCGCUUUAUCUAAACGUCUGUGCUCUAUACAAGUGUUUUGUAUAUAUAAAAUGUCGGCACAAGGACCAAACAACUCAAAUUUCUCUAACCUUGAGCCCUUGAAACUGUUGUUUUGUAAGCUUCAUGCUUCACACUGGGGUUUGCGACCCACCACUUGAGAACCACUGGUCCAAAGCAACAUCCACUCUUGGUCUGUAGGGGGCAGCAUUACGCUCUUUAGGCCACAAUAUUCCGGAAACUCUGAAGAAGAAGAAAAGCAACAGCCCGAAGAAGGAAAGAAGAACAACGUGACAAGUCGAGAUGCAGGGAGCGGAGCAGCCUCAUCCUCUGUUUGGAGGAGCACUGUCAGCAGUCAUCCCCCACACCGCCACAGACAUCAGCGAGCUGAGGGAGAUCCCGGACAACCAGGAGGUGUUCGCCCACACUCACACCGACCAGAGCCUCAUAGUGGAGCUGGUGGAGUACCAGGCCCAGGUGGCAGACCCGGACUCCGCCAGGUAUCACUUUGAGGACAUCGCAGGCAGCAACAAAGCUCUGGAGGCGGGGGCCUGUGCGGUGAUCAGUGUUGUGGCUCUGCCCAAAUCGGACCUGUCCCUGUCCCAGUGCAGCUCAGCCUGGAUGCUGACGGGGACGCAGAGUGUGUCCAAGUUCAACGAGGAGGCGAGGAACGUGGUGACCCUUCACCUGGGUGUGUUCCGCCUGCCUCAGUUCUCCACAGACGUCCUGAUCACCUUCAAUGACCCGCAGAGCAUCAGCCCUGACAGCACCAGUGCAGCAGCUCUGGAGACACACAAACUGCUGUGGAGCCUGCAGGACUUUCAGCGCUUGUUGCAGACUCUGACUCUGCACAACCCCGGGCUGUUUGAAUAGAACCACUGGCAGCCUCACCUGAUAUCAUUCAGUCUAUCUCUGUGAUACCAGUGUGCUACAUUCAAACCCACCAGGACUGUGCUUAUCCUGGGGCCCCAUGAUAAACAGACCUGUGGGACGCUCUUGAGUCUCAGCCCAGAAGACUUGAAAGCAGUCCUUCCUCUGCCCUGACACACACAAAUACACAUUCUGUUCCACCUCUGACUUUGUCGUACAUUGAAAAUGAACUGAAAAAAACAAAUGAUCACACAACGUGAAGUUAUUUCUAUCAUAAUACAUUUUAGAAGAAAAGAAAAGGACUAUUCCAUUAUUUUUGGAUGGCCUGAGUAAGGCUUAUUCAUAAUUUGAAUGAGUUUAGAAAUUCCCUGCAGACAUGCAGAUUCUCCACUUUUGUCUUCCAACACUUGAGAUAAGAUGAUAUGACCUUUAUUGAUCCUCCGUAGAGGAAAUUCACAAUCGACGCAGCAGCAAAUGUAGUAAAAAUAAAAAUGGAAAAUAUGAAAAUAAAUACAAACCUGUUCUUCUAAAUGUGCCAAGCAAA